CACAACAGCAUGUUUUAAUUUAUUUUAAUGGGGUGUUUUUAGCUUAGAUAUUCAAUGGAAAAGGAUAUUUAGUUAAACACAGGCUUCUGUUUCAAGCUGAACAGCUAUGGUUUUCAGUAAUCGCUAUGGAGUGAUUUUCGCCUGUACCUGUGGUGUGAUCCUGGGUGUGGGCUUCUGUGCUAACUUGCUAGUGUUCACUCUCUUCGCCAAACACAACACCCUGCGCAAGAAUCGUCUGGACAUGUUGAUCCUCAGUAUGGCUUUGGCUGACUUCCUCACGCUGCUUCUUAUCCCGUUCACUAUGCACUCAGCUGUCAGUUUCUCUUGGCCUCUAAGUGACACAUCUUGUAAGAUUUACCAGUUCCUGCUGGCUUUCUCUCUGGCUGCCAGCACUUACUCACUAUGUGCUGUCUCAAUGGCUCGAGCCAUGAUCAUCACCAACCCUUACCACCCACCCACUACAGACCUUGUUGUGCUGAUGCUCAUUUUGGCUUGGGCCCUGAGCUUCUUUAUCAGCUUGCCAUUGCGUAUUUUUGCCACUAAAGAGCACCUUGGACCAGGGCUCACCAACUUUACCUUCUGCCUGCCCACCAUCCAAGAGCAUCACUAUCAAGUCAUACUUAGCCAGUUUGUUUUGUAUUACUUUAUACCAAUGCUGGUUAUUGCUGUCAAUUAUGUGCGCUUGGCUCGGUUUCUCCACAGCAGCCCAGUGAUGUCUAUGACCAGUGCACGAAACACACGCCGAGCCUCACUCAUGGUGUUCCUGGCAGCUGGGACAUUCUCUGUGUGCUGGCUGCCUGGGUAUGUCCUUGAGCUGUGUGUGUAUUUGGGUCUCUACAGUCAUGGCCAAGUUUGGGAGAUGUUCUAUUUUACCUGUACGGUGCUACAGUAUCUACACCCAUGUGUCAAUCCAGUGCUGUAUGUAUUGCUGGCUAAGCGUUACCGGGGAAUGCAGGGAGUCUGUUUUUUUCAGUGUAACCGCAACAGGGUGCACCCCCAAGUUACAAGUGUGACUGAAAGCUUCUGAACUUUUCCAAGAUGUUCCACUAUUGAGUCAAACAUUGUAACUUUAAAAUAUAUAUUCUUAAAACAUGAAUUGGUAACUGUAGAUUUUCUGUUUCCAUACUGUGUAAAACAGUACAUUUAAGAAUCCACAUUUAAAUAUAAUUGGCUUUUUUCAGUACCUAUACAACUGCUUUGCUCUUUCACUUCAUGAACCUGAACUGACCUGAACGCACAUGAACAUUAAGGAAUAGCUAAUCUAUUAAAAAAAGAAACAUUAAAUAUGGCAUAUGAAAUAUGUAAACUUUUAAUUAAAUGCCAAAAUACCCAUUCAGCAAAUGCAAUUAAAUUCUAAGGGACUUUUCCCAUUAAUUAGUUAUUUCUUAUAUUUAUCCAAUAAGUCAUGUAGAAUGAAGCAAACCGUGUUAUAUUAAAAUUACAAAUGAAAUUCUUUAUAACAUGAUUUUUAACAUUAAAUUGACAGCUUUUGAAGGUUAAAAAGGUGGAAAGCAUGUAAACUCCAUGGAGAUUAAUUUGACUGAUCUAAAAUGGUCAAAUUGUAAAUUAUAUACUGUCAGCACUGUGUAUUUUUAAUAAAAAUGUUUAGUAAUUGUACUAGCUGGGAAUUGUUUGAUAAACACGUCUGUGACUGUUUACAUCUAUUUGCAUGGAUUUGGAUGUAAAAAAAAAAAAAAAGCCAUGUGGUUGGAAGUGGAACACAAUAGCACCCCCUAGUGAAACACUGUGCCAAGAACAUACAUUCUCUGAAUGCCAUCUUCUUUCUGUUCUGGCUGAAUUGGAAAACAAAACCAUUCUGAACCAUCUGAAAAAAAUCUUAAAGCUAAAAUUCCCAAAGAUGCAGAAGUACAAAACUACUGCCAAUGUUAAAAUAAAUAAUCAUUUCAGUCAAGAUAUUAAUACCAAUAUGUAACAAAUGAACAUUUGGUGAAUUGGCCCUCAAUUAAAGUAAUUCUUUAGUCAUUUAUGUGCACAAUAAAGUGCAAUAAAGAAUAAAAUGUUCUGCUUUAUUGUGCAGGUCUAUCUUAAAGCCACACUUUAUCAAAAUUUCCAUACAAUCGUUGAGGUCAAUCUGUUUUUAUGCACAAUUCUCACCUGCCUCUUUCGUAAUAAAUGGAAAGUGUUAUUAUUCUGGUGAAAGGUACUUCUUGUAUUAGCAGGAGCAUGAAAUGGCUCAUACAAGUGUGACUUUCUCGAAUGUUGUCCAACCACGAAAGAAUGUGCUAAUUUUAAAAUUGCCAUUGCUAAAUUUUAAAUCAUAAUUUUCUUGUAUUCUAAUAUUUUCCGAUGCACAACUACCUCACCACUAUAACUAUAUAACAAAGUAUUUGGACAGUAUAUUUAUUGCUUUGCUGAUAUUAUAGCUUUUCCUUUUCUGGGAAGGCUGUCCACUAGAUUUUAAAGCAUGACUGCAGGAUAUGUGUUGGGGUGCAGGCCGUAUUUCAGUUUUGUUUAGGCUACUCGAUUUUAUUUUUAAUCUGCAUCACCAUUACAUAUAAUUGAUUUAUUCUGUUAAAUCAAUUUAAAAUCAUUUAGAAGGUUCUUAACUAUUUUCUAAGUUAAUAAACACUAAAUAUGUGGAAUGACCUUAAUUAUUUUGUUUAUUGUAUGGCUUGAAUUUUCACACCACAGUUUGCUUUAAAAAGCUGAGAAAGUGACUGUAAUUUCUUACAAAUUUUAUUUGUAAUUCAAAAUAAAACAGCAUUGUGCGUUACCCAGAGAGAUGCGACUGUUCUCCAUAUGAAAAAAGCUUAGCCAAAACAUUCAAGGCUUUUAUAAACAGCCAUCUUUUGUUCUAGUCCAAGUGAAGCAAGGAUUAUUAUUUUUUUCCCUAAAUGCAAAAAGCAUGAAUGCAUGUGUAAGUUGUAUGUACACUGUCUGGUAA